AAGUGGCGUUAGCCGUCUGCAAGAUAGCUAGCAAGCUUCUGGAAACGAAAGUAAGUUAGAGCUAGCUAACUGCUCUUGUUCUCAUUCGUUGCACGUAGCGUGCCGGGUUACGAGAGAUGUGACAACAAAGUGAAGCGCACAUAGCAUGCACGCUUUCUUCCUAGCAUAGCUACAUUCAUUUUUUGUACAGGUCGCGUAUACGGAUGGUAGCGCUUGGAGGUUAAAAAAAUAGGCUGUUCUGUGAAGAGAUAGCUUGCUGUGUGUUCGGUAGCAAUCUGGCUAGCUUAGCUAGCGGAGCUACCAAGUUAGCCAGCGUUAACGACGACAUUAAUACGGCGUGGAGAAGAGCGAUUAAACUGAAACGGAGCCCUAGACUGCAGGACGUGGCCCACGGGGAUGUCCAAGGCGAAGUCCCCCUCGCAUUCCCGCUCCCGCUCCGGGUCCCGCUCCCGCUCCCGCUCUUUCUCCCGCUCCCGAUCCCGGAGUCGCUCCCGCUCCCGCUCCCGAAAACACCGCUACAGCUCUAGGUCUCGCUCUCGCUCGAGAUCCCACUCCCCCGCCCACAACCGGGACCGGGACUACCCGCGGGAGUACCAGAACAACCGCCAGUUCCGGGGGUACCACCGCGGCUUCCGCAGGCCGUACUACUACCGCGGCCGGGGGCGGGGCUACUUCCCGCGCGGCCGCUACCAGCGCGGCGGGGGGGGCGGGGGCUACAACAACAACUACCGGCCCAACAACUGGCAGAACUACCGGCAGCACCCCCAGCAGCAGCAGCCCCCGCCGCCCCCGCACCACCCCCACAGCCCCCGGCGGGGCCGCUCCCGCUCCCGCACGCCCAAGAAGCGGUCGGGCAGCCCGCGCUCCCGCUCCCGGUCCCGCUACUCCGACCGCUCCUCCUCCGGCCGCUCCCGCCGCUCCCACCGCUCCUCCUCCUCCUCGUCCUCCCGCUCCUCGUCGCCGCGGCGACCCCGGCGCCAGCGCCGGCGCUCCGGGUCGGGCUCGGGAUCGGCCAAGGACAGGGAGAAGGAGAAGGGGUCCAGCCGGGAGAAGCGUGGCUCAGUUAAGGAUGCCAAGGAGCGCUCGGCGUCCAAGGAGGCGGCCGCCCGCGCCGGGAGCGGGAGCCGGAGCGGGAGCGCCACCGGGGGAGCGGAGCCGGACCCGGAGGGGGGAGGCGCGGGCGGCGCUCCCGGGGAGGACGGGAACGCUCCGGAACGGCCCGGGAGCGGGAACUGGCAGGGCCUGACGGACUACAGCGCCAGCCCCAAGCGGGCCAGCCCACAGAUGCGCUCGGCCGUGGUGUCGGUGCCCGGCCAGCCCAGCCCCACGCCCAAGAGCUCCGGCUCCUCCACCAACAGCGCCGCCCCCUGGCACGGCGGCGGUACUGCGCCCCCGGCCCAGAGCCCCAAACAGAAAAGCCCCACGGCCGCCUUCUCGGGCUUCGGGUUCUUCUCGAAAGAGGACCACCGAGCAGGCGACAAGAGUGCCAUCUCCGCCGCCUUCAAAAAGUUCCUGGAGGAACACAAGAAUAAGAAACAGGUGGCGGAGUGGGAGAACGGCCGAGACAAGGAGCCCGGGGACGCCGCGGACGGGGAGCCGGAGAAGGGCCCCGCGUUCGACCGGGCCCCCGGCUACGGGGCCCCAAAGGAGAAGGAGAAGUACAGCAAGUACGGGGCCGGGUUCGAGACGGGCGGGGGCGGGGCCGGCGGCGGCGGGUUCCUGAAGGCGGCUCCGCCCUUCCUCUGCGCGGAGGAGGAAGAGGAGGAUGAGGAGGUGGAGAAGAUGGCCGCCGCCCGCCGGCCCCCGAAGCCCCGCCGGGACCGGGAGGCGGAGCCGCCGCAGGUGAAGCUGUCCACGCGCGAGCUCUUCGAGGAGCGCUUCGGCAAGUGGGACGACCUGGCCUACUUCCCCUCGGGCAAGGAGCGGCCGCGGAAGGCCCCGGAAGGCGAGGGGGAGGAGCCGGACGAAGCCGAGGAGGAGCUCUACCGCGCCCGCAAGCAGGAGCGCGCCAAGAAGGAGGCGCUGUUUCGGGGCUUCUCCCCGGACAAGGCCCCCCAAAAAACCCGCAAGAAGGAGCCCCCGGGCCUCAGCCCGUCCCCCCCGGCCCCGCCCCGCCGGGGGGGGGGCAGCAGCGACGCCCGCGACCGGGACACGUUCCUGGUGCAGCGGGACGGGUCCCCCGUCAGGGCCUCGGCCAAGAGGGGCGGCGACACGGCCGUCAGAACGGAGUCCUUCAGAGACGACGCCGCCAGCUCUUCCGGGGUUCUGGUGACGGAGCGCCGGCUCUCUCGGGAUCUGGUUCACCCCUCGAAAAAGGAGCAGGAGUUUCGCUCCAUCUUCCAGCACAUUGAGAACACGCAGCUCUGCCGGAGUCCGUCCGAGCUGUUCGCCCAGCACAUCGUCAACAUCGUCCACCAGAUCAAAGCUCAGCACUUCCCCUCCUCAGGCCUGACUCUAAACGAGCGCUUUGCCCUUUACCAAAGACGAGCGGCCGAGAAGGAAAUGGCCAAGCCCAGGAAAAGCCCCGAGAUUCACAGGAGAAUCGAUGUGUCUCCCAGUGCUUUUAAGAAGCACUCUCACUCUCACCUGUUUGAUGACAUGAAAGCGUCCGGGGAUGGCGGCUACAAGGAGGACAGGAAGCGAGGGAUGAAGGGCGAGGCGGUGGACCUGAGGCUGGAUAUUGAGAGGCGUAAAAAGUACUCCGGAAAGGAGGCGGAGCCCCGGCGUGAGCUGGGCCGGGACUCCGCAGACUCCCGGGGGUCCAGCCGGGAGCGGUCCGGGGAGAAGUACUCCAAGCAUCACAAGAAAUCCAAGAAAAGCAAGAAGAAGCGCGAGCGCUCUCGCUCUUCCUCAGCCUCCUCCUCCUCCUCGCCCUCCCGCCGGGCGGGCCCCGGGGACUUCCUGCACGAGGACAUGGAGCCCAAAGAGGAGGGGGGCUUCAACAAGGCCCGUCUGGGGCCCCGCGAGUUCGGGGGCCCCAUGGAGAGGGGCCGCGCACGCGGGGGCUUCCAGUUCAGGAUAAGAGGGAGGGGGUGGAACAGGGGCAGUUACCCUGGAAACAAUAGCAACGGAAACCCCCCCAACAUGGGGCCAGUGCCCACGCACCCCAAGAGCGAGGACUGGGACCCUGAGUACACCCCCAAAAGUAGGAAGUAUUACUUGGUAAGUUUUUUUUGGCUCUUUAUAUUUCUGUAUUUUUCCCCCCCUUUCAGGUUGGGUACAAAAGAGAAGUUGAGGAUCAGAGCACACAUGACGACAGAGAGGGCGAGGGCGACAAGAAGUGGCUGGACAACCGCGGGCGCGGGCGCGGCAACUUCCUGCGCGGGAGGGGCCGCUUCAUCCUGCGCAAGGCGCCGCCCACCAGCAGCAGCCCCAAGUGGACACACGACAAGUUCCAGGGCAGCGGGGAGGAGGGCGAGCUGAGGGACGAUGACAGUGAGCAGGACCACAAGGAAGAGGACAAGGCCGAGCAGUGAGGCCCUGGCCACGGUCACAGCGCCCCCCGGUGGCCCGGAGGCCGCCCCGCAGCACCCUCUCCCCACGUCUCCACUUCUUCUGUUUUCGUUUUUCAUUUCAGUUCGUUUUUGUAGUUUUAAUUUUUUUUUAUUUUUAUUAUUCACCCGUGACCUUAACAUGGCCACCGCACACAAGACCCCACUUCCACUCGAUAACGGCAGCCCUGCGUUCACCCGAGCUGCUCUCCGCUGUCCUGAGAGGGGGGAGGAAUCCACAACUAUCCACGAAACGUACAUCAAAAAAUUACCAGUAGAGGGGGUAAAACGGAAAUCGUUUUUUUUAAAGCUUGACAAAUUUCUGGACAAAUUUUGUCUGGGGUACUGUUUUUAUUUCUCUCACAAUGCAAAUGGAGCAAUUGUAGUUUAAAUUUUUAUGGAACAGUUGUAGUUUCAGGAGUACUUCCUGUUCAACGGUGUCACUGUGUACAUCUCUUCUUCUUUCCUACCCCCUUAUUUGCUGUGGAAGCUCCAUUUGGCAGUCAGUGGCUGCAUGGGAAAUGUAGUUUUUAGGCACGGCUGUGGAGCUGCACUGUAGUUCUCUUCUCAGAGUGUGAUGCACCAGGGUUGAGAGAUGCUGGGCAUGAGCAGAUCACAUGGUGAGGGAAAUGUUAGCCUUUCUCUAACCAGGCUGGCAGUGGGCGCCAUUUAUUUGAAAAAAAAAUAAAAAAAAAAACAGAAAAAAAACAUUUUGUAGAAAGUUUUACUCUGAAGUUUAAUUAGACGGGGCAUGAGAAGGAAUCGGAUGCAUUUGUGCCUUAGACGUGUACAGAGAAAUAUGUUUAUGAAUAUUUACACAUAUAGUUGUUGUUUUUUUUUGUUGGAUGUCUCCUGGUAGGAGACUACACACACUGCUUGGGGGGUGGGGGGUGGGGGAGGGUCGUUAUUUUGGAGUCUGACCCCUAUGACCCUGUGACCCUUCUCAGAGGACGGGACCAAGCUACUCUCCAAGUGAAGCUUGCAUAUCACAGACGGACGGACGGACAGACGGGUCGCUGUAGCUGGGAACGUGCCAUGCUCAGUGGCUUCGCUGUGACCGUGUCGGAAUGAACUUCCACCCCUGCCCUUUCACCCCUGCCCUUUCACCCCCGCCGUCUCCUUCCUGAUUGGCCGUUGUGGUCGAUUUCAGUUUUUUGGUUUUUUUUUUUUUCGACUGGAUUAAAAUGGCUGGCUUGUGUCAUGGGUGUGUCAGUGGAAGAGGUCUUCUGUGGACACUGUACUAGAUUUCUCUUCCGUAUUUUUAAUUGGGCAGUGAGGUUGUUGUUGUUUUUUUGUCUUUUGAAAGUAUUUAGGAAUUUCAUAAAUUUCGCGGCAUUUAUGUUUGUGCCUCAGAUUUUUUUUUUUUUUUUUUUUUUUUUGGAGAAUUCACUCAACUUUCUAAAUAGACGGACACAAUUACUGAAAAAAAAAAAAAAAAAAAGAUCGUUUGUAGAAACUAAAUUAUUGUGGCCUUUGUACGUCUGGAAAACGUAAGAUGAUUCUGAAAUGAAAUGUGUUUUGUUGGUGUCCUCUGUUGGUGUUUGAAUCCUAUAGCUGUAUUUCUUUACUCUUUUUAAAGCGUGGGCUUUUUUUCCUUUUCAUUUUAAUUUAGAUAUUUGAAUUGAUUACACGGGAACAUGGUUCCAGAACGGUGCGUAAUGGAGAUAGACUCUCUCAUGCAUGCAGGGCUGUGAGCCCAACGGAGGGGUAAAUGUACCUUUUUUUUUAGUAAUGUAAAAAUGAAUUUAGCUGGAUGCGGUCAUUUGGGGGAAACUCGUCUGUCAUUUACACUGCUCCUAGCCUACUCUGCGGUCAACUGGAGUUACCCCUUACCCCGUACCCCGUACCCCGUACCCCUUACCCCUUACCCUUUACCCGUUACCCCUUACCCUUUACCCGUUACCCUUUCUCCAGCACCCUACUGUGUGCUAGCGAGCUGGACCCCCAACCCUGAUUAUUUAAAUAUGUGAGUUUUUCUGUAAAUAACAUUCGAGGAAAUGGGUAAACGAAUCAUUUGGUCAGAAUGGGCUAACCUGGCCCUAUUAUGUGAGAUUAUUGUUUAAUGGUAGGCUAUAGCUCUACUCGGGUAACAUUAGCCGGAGAAUGAGCAGUUGCGCUAAACGUAAACUAAACCUUUUCAAAAUGGCCGCCCUUGCUAGGCUCCCUUCACGGCGAAGUUGCAUUAGCGCUCUCUCUGUCCCAUAUCACUGUGAAUCAGUGGUUUUAACAUGGUCUGCCAAAGGUGAACUGAGGUGAAAUAUAGGGAUAAAAAACUGUUUGCGAACUCAUGUACACAACAGAAAACAGCCGUAUAAUUACCCAGGUGCUUGUAAACACACAAAUCUGGGUAAUUAUACUCUUCUGUGCGUCUCCCACUGCCCUCAUCAAGUACAUUUGAGAGCAUCUGUGUAACUUUAUAUCUUACCUUGGCCACUAAUAAAUUCCAAAGAAUAUAUAUUUUUUUGCAAUAAUACAAAGUGCCCACAUGUUUUUGUUUUUGAAUAUAAAGCAAGUUUUUAUUUAAAUGUAAAAGAUUUUAGAUGUAUAUCUGGGGAAAGGAAUAUUUGGUGUCGAGGAUUAUCACGGCGAGGUUUGUUGAUGUUAACCUUGUUAGCGUAAACGCCGCCAGGAUCAUGUUCCCGUGUAUUAGCUGUGUAUUUACGCAACGGUGCAACCCAGUCUUCCUGCAGCGGUUUUUAAAACUAGAAAUUAUAAAAUGGGAAGAAAUGUCUUUUUAUAGCCAAAUUAAUAUUAAUCUUCAGUGAAGGGAUUAAGAGAUAUGGUGAACAAAGAGACCGUGGCGAUAUGGCCCGUCUUGUUCUGGAUUGCACUGCAUUAUACUGUACAGGUUGGUCUUCAGUACUGUGAUUGAUGUUUUUCCUUUGACAGGCAGUCAUUUUUUAAAAUCGUUUCUGUAGCUGUCCCCCACCCCCCACCCCCACCCCCCCGACCCCCUUCACCCCCUUUUCGAUUGUCAAUAAAAAACUAAAUCUGCUUCAUUUUA